CUGAGCUGAAGGGCAUCGGACUGCUGCAGCCCGUGGUCCGGACAGGCGGGAGGAAACAUUUCCGAGAGAUGUAAUCUUCAGUAAAGCAUCGCCUCAAACCCACCUGCUCCUCCUCCUCCUCCUCCUCCUCCUCCUCCUCCUCCUCCUUCUCUUCCUCCUCCUCUUCCUCUCUGCCAUAUCCACUCUGCCGAGCGAACCUACGAGCAAAGGGACGAAGGGAGGAGGAGAGGAAAGGAAGGAAGGAAGGGAAGGGAGGCAGGCAGGCAGGCACUGGCAUGCCGAUGGUUCUAUCUGGAAGGAAAGUUCCCGGGGUUUGUGAUUAACCUUUAACAGAGCGCGUCUCUUCCAUUCCGCUGCACCUCCGGAGCGGCUGGUGAAAUCCUCUGCACAGAAACUUCAAGAAAUGGACCAGGAUAAUCUAAGCCAAAGUCAGAAGCAAGAAGACAACCCAAAUUCAGGAGGUGAAGCUUUAACGACGACGACGGCAUCGUCGGAUACAGAGGCUCCGGCCGCCGAUCCCACCACCGGCCAGCCCGCCGCUCCCGCCAGGCCCCGGCGGCCUCAGCGCUGCGCCAGAGUUGAGGCAUCUGUAGACAUCUCCGAGCCCAAAGCUCAACCAGCUCCGCCGCUCAACCAGGAAGAGAGCGCUCCUGAUGGCAGUGCGGCAAGUCAUCCCAAACCGUCCCGCCAUGCGGCAGGCAAGCCCCCGGGGGAGCACGCCGGGCCCGGUGCUAAAGCCGGUCCUAAAGGACACCCGGUUAGGGCCGCUUCAGUCCCCCACCCAGCUGCCAGUCGGCCUGUGCCCGCCCACCUGAACCCUCACGCACAGCGAGCCUUCUCCGUGGCGGGUACAGCCGACACUCAGCCUCAGACCAUGGAAGACUUCAGGGUGCACAUCAUCACUUGGAACGUGGGUUCGGCCGCUCCACCCGACGACAUCACUGCUUUGCUGGGGCUCAAUGUGGGCGACGGAAACACAGAUAUGUAUGUUAUCGGGCUGCAAGAAGUGAACUCGAUGAUUAACAAGAGGCUGAAAGAUGUCCUCUUCACAGACCAGUGGAGCGAGGUCUGCAUGGAGAGACUCAGCCCCUUCGGUUAUGUGCUGGUGACUUCCCAGCGGAUGCAGGGUUUGUUACUGCUGGUCUUCGCCAAAUACUUCCACCUGCCGUUCCUCCGUGGAGUCCAGACCGAGACCACCCGCACAGGCCUGGGAGGCUACUGGGGGAAUAAAGGUGGAGUGAGCGCUCGCAUGUCGGUGUUCGGUCACACCAUCUGUUUCCUGAACUGCCACCUCCCGGCUCACAUGGAGAACUCCGAGCAGCGCAUGGAGGAUUUUGAGAGCAUCCUGCAGCAGCAGCAGUUUGAGGGCCAAGCUGCGACUGGAGUCCUGGACCACGAUGUAGUGUUCUGGUUUGGAGAUCUCAAUUUCCGCAUUGAUGACCUGGAGAUGCAAGUGGUAAAAGCAGCCAUUGACAACAACAAGUAUACCACUCUGUGGGAAAACGAUCAGCUGAAUAUGGCCAAAGACAGUGAGACUGUACUGGAGGGAUUCCAAGAAGGACCGCUGAAAUUCCCCCCGACCUACAAGUUUGACGUUGGUACGGAUACGUACGACACCAGUGGGAAGAAGCGCAAACCAGCGUGGACCGACCGCAUCCUGUGGCGUCUGAGAGCCACGGCGCCUGCCGGCGCAGCGCUGAGCGGCGGCAACCGUGGCUCCAUCUCGGGGCUGACCAGCGGCCCCAAAGUGACGCAGCACUACUACAGAAGUCACAUGGAGUACACCGUCAGCGACCACAAACCGGUCUCAUCCAUCUUCACCCUGCAGUUCCCAUACAGGGUGGAUGUUCCCCUGGUCACACUCAUCGUGGAGGACGAGUGGAACAGUGUUGCUGAUGCCACAGCGAUAUUCAAACACGUGCCCAGCUACGCCCGCAGCUCCUGGGACUGGAUCGGACUGUACAAGGUGGGAUUUAAACACCACAAAGACUACGUGGGGUAUGUGUGGGCCAAGCAGGAGGAAGCUGAUUUUCAUCGUCAGGAACAUCAGGUAACCUUUACUGAGGAGGAACUGCCCAAAGGCUCAGGGGACUUUAUCUUGGGUUACUAUAGCAACAACAUGAGCACUAUAGUGGGAGUAACAGAGCCAUUUCAGAUCCAACUCCCCACAUCAGGUCCUGGGAUCAGCUCCUCAGACAGCUCCGACUUCAGCUCGGAGGACGACAGCACCGUCGUCAUGAAGAUGAGGUCCCGCAGUCCGAGUCCGGGAAAGGGCAAACACCGCAGGCAUCGCACCGGCAGUCGCAGCGGCAGCCGCCCCGGCAGUCGCCCCGGCAGUCGCCCCGGCAGUCGCCCCGGCAGUCGCCCCGGCAGUCGCCCCGGCAGUCGCCCCGGCAGUCGCCCCGGCAGUCGCCCCGGCAGCCGCCCCGGCAGCCGCCCCGGCAGCCUUGAGCAGGCUAAACUGAAAGAACUCAACACCGGUGAUGAUCCUUCUUCAGGCAGCAAGACAGAGAGUGAGUCUGCAGGACGCCCAGCAGGGGGCAGCAGCCCCCCGCCGUCCGCUCCUGCUGAGAAAGACAAACCUGCCGAGGAUUCAGGAGUGUGAUGCACUGCCGGGAGUUGCUGUUGUCACAGGUCACAUCGUCACCUGUUGUGUCUUUUAAUCCAUAUAUCCACGACACUGUAUAUUUCUCUAUAAUGAAAAUGUACAGUUGCUGAUGCCAUUCUUUUCAGGAAUAGCCGUCUGGUUUGUCCAGAAGGUUUACUUUGCCUUGAGUUGAUUAUCAAGAUGUGAACAUUGUAUGUGUCUUUUCAUUUGGGAACCGUUUGCUCUCUCCUGUGUUCCCUCUCUAUCUUUGUCCGUUCUCAGGUGUGGACAGUACAGGGAGCUGACAGCUUGCAUUAGAAAAAUCUCAAGGAUUUACAAGUUAUUUAGAAGAGUGGUUGCGCCAUCCCUUCAGAAACCAUGGCCCCUAUUCUCUGCUUGAGAGUCUGCACUGAGCCAAGCAGCAGUCGCGUCAGCAGACCGCCGCUAAGUGACAGAACACGUUAUUGGAACUAGAGAUGUGAUAAUUUCCACAUAGACCUGACUCAUCAGAAAAACUGUUAGCUGUAACUGUAAAACAAAGAAAUGGAUCCAUGUCUCCAUCUCUGUCAGUAGUCUCUCUCUUAAGAUGGACAUUGCCAUUGUCGCAUGGCUUCUCAAUGUGGCUCCAGCCCAGUUUGCUUUCCCUGCUUUGGCAGUUCGGCACACAGAACAACAUGAUAUAUGCAGGGAGCCCUUCAAAUCACCCAUUAAUGGGAACAAGUCUCUGCACGGUGCAUAAAAACAGCAGAACCAAAGUAGGCGGGGACUGAUGUUCAUGAGGCUCAUCCACUUGCAGCAGCGACAGCCCAGCACAUGUCUGCGUGGAGAGUGAAUGUGGGCGAAAAGACCUUUAAAUAGACCGCCAUAUCAUUGCAGGGGGGGGGACAUGACGGGCGUGGGAGGAUGGCGAUCGGCUGACACCGCACAGCUGUCCACUCACAGCCGCUUGAUUGACUGUCGGCAACUUAUAGUGGCAACAACCGCAGCGAUGCCUGACCUAUCAAAAACUGCUGAUAGACAUACUGAACUUGAUGCCAGUCAGUGCGCCUUAUCAAGUGCGUAGAACUCCACUCUUUAUUUACUUCUGCCUUCAUUUGAUACUUCCAGCAAAGUCCGAUCAGAUAUGGGGAUCUAGCUGGUUAUUCAGGAAUUACACUGAAUAACUAAGAUGAGGCAUUUUCGCCCCACGUGGUAUCAGUUAGCUGUCAAAUUGUCCCAGGCUGUUGAGUUUUGCACAUUAACCGAUCACCUAAAAAUCACUUUGUUUUGAUUGCACAUUAGCGUAAAUUGAAACUAUACCUUUUUCGCAUGGCAUGAACAACAUUUCACAAGCAAAAAAAAAUACCACAAUUUUAAUCUGAAUAUCUCAUAUCAAUGUGAACGAUAACUCUACUGUGUAGAGCUAAUGCAGAGAUUUGUAUUUACUGUAGUACAAUACAAAUCUGACACGCUCCACUUUUGUGAAAUGUCACACUGUUGUUGGAAUAUUUCAAGUAAGUUAAAUAUUUUCAUAAUAGAAUUUUUUUUUGCUUUCAUGGUUCUCACAUUGUGAUAUAUUUUUGUUUUCAUUUUGUUUGCUUUCUUGCUCAAAUCCUCCCUCAUUGAUCCCGGUAAUUAGCGGAAAGUGACAGCAGUUGCAGUAGUCGUGUUGCGUUGUUACUGUUUGACCUCUGAUGCACCAUCUUAUACUCAUGGUACUUUUGGGCUGUUAGCAUAGGACAGUGUAGACUGUUGAUAGCUGUAACCUCAGUGUGUGUCUGUAACAGGUUUUUAAUGUGUAUGUGUUUCACUGGAAGCAGUGUGUGUGCAUGUGUGUGUGUGUGUGUGUGAGAGAGAGAGAGAGAGAAAGACUGGCAGUGAAUAGGGUGCGAUCCUGCUUGCAUGGUUUGCUGCUUUACAUACUGUACAUUCCAGUACUGUGGUAUUUGUGCCGUAAAGUGCUGUUUUUGACUCCUCUUUGUCAUAAUCGUGGCUGUGAAAAUUUGUUAGAAAAUCAUGGUAAAAGACAGUGUAGGACUUCAAAUUCAGCAUAAAUUUUAGGUGAAGAGUUGCGGGGUCAGUGUACCUGCAUAAAUCUGAAAUCCUGGUUGGAUCAUUUCCUUGUGCUUUCAUGUAUUCACUUGAUUUUUAAAUGAAUAAUGGACCUUUGUUCAAAUGAGAUGUUUAAAAAAA